GAUUUAGGCGUGUUAAUAGCUUGUCUAAACAUUUUCACACUUGAGAAAUUCACUUUCUUCUUCUCUUCCCAUUUCACACAAUUUCUUCACUGAUUUUAAAAUGUGCCUCCACGAAUGAGAUCUUCUCCAAAGUCAUAAACUUUUCACAAACCCCAUCAAAUCCAACACAUAUUCAACCUAAGAUCUUCCUCCCACUACUACUCAGCACCAUGUUCACUAGAAAAAACCCAACUUUGAGAUUCACCCUUUAUUUCACCCUCACCCUUCUCCUAAUUCUUAGCUACAACGUUGUCACACAGUGUUCCGAGGCUGUCCCUGAUGACGAUGAUUUGGAGGGCAUUGAGGAAUUGUUAGCAGUGGACGAGGAGGUAGAAAAACACCAACCAGAAGAACAAGGUGGUGGUGGUGGCACCGACAAGUUGUCGGAAGCAGAGGUUCUAACGAAGGCACAAAGGAUCGUACUUGAACUCAAUAGUGACAAGACCGAGAAGGUUAUUAAUGAGAAUGAGUAUGUUCUUGUUCUGGGGUAUGCACCUUGGUGUCCAAGGAGCGCUGAGCUCAUGCCUCGAUUUGCUGAAGCUGCAACUUCGCUCAAGAAAGAGUUGGGAAGCACUCUUUUAAUGGCGAAGAUUGAUGCUGAGAGGUAUCCCAAAUCAGCUUCGUUCCUUGGGAUCAAAGGCUACCCAACUUUGCUUCUCUUCGUUAAUGGCACCUCCCAACCUUAUUCUGGCGGUUUCACAGCGGAUGAUAUAGUGAUAUGGGCAAGGAAAAAGACUGGCUCGUCUGUUAUUAGGAUAAAUUCGGAAAAGGAGGCAGAGGAAUUUCUGACAAAGUAUCAUACAUUUGUUAUUGGUCGGUUUGACAAAUUUGAGGGACAUGAAUAUGACGAAUUCGUGAGAGCUGCAAAGUUGGAUAAUGAAACCCAAUUUGUUGAAGUGAAUAAAGUGGAGCAUGCCCAAGUUCUUUAUCCAGAUAUCCCAUCCACUGUUAAUUUUCUAGGAAUUGUUAAGAGUGAACCUGAAAGAUACACUGCAUAUGACGGAGCUUUCACAACAAGUAAAAUAUUGGAGUUUUUGGACUACAACAAGUUUCCAUUAGUUACAAAACUGACUGAAAUGAACUCUAUCAGUGUCUACUCAAGCCCCGUUAAGCUUCAGGUUUUUGUCUUUGCCGACAUUGACGACUUCAAGAAUCUUCAAGAUACUAUUCAAGAUGUUGCAAGAACUUUCAAGUCAAAGAUAAUGUUUAUAUAUGUUGAUAUUAAAGAAGAGAACCUUGCAAAACCCUUCCUAACAUUGUUUGGUCUUGAAGAAUCAAGAAACACUGUGGUAGCUGCAUUUGAUAAUGGAAUGAGCUCAAAAUAUUUGUUGGAGUCAGAACCAACACGAAGCAAUAUUCAGGAUUUCUGCAAUAACUUUGUGCAAGGUUCUCUGUCACCUUUCUUCAAGUCUCAACCAAUACCAGAUAAUACAGAUGCUACUAUUCAUGUUGUUGUCGGGAAAACAUUUGAUGAUGCAGUUUUGAGCAACGAGAAGGAUGUGAUUCUGGAGGUAUUUACACCUUGGUGUAUCAACUGUGAUGCAAUUAGCAAACAAGUAGAGAAGUUGGCAAAGCACUACAAAGCAGCAACUAAUCUAAUAUUUGCAAGGAUAGAUGCUUCAGCAAAUGAACAUCCAAAAUUGCAAGUGAAUGACUACCCCACGCUUCUACUUUACAAAGCAGAUGAUAAGACAAAUCCGAUCAAACUCUCUACAAAAUCUAGUUUGAAAGAAUUGGCUGCUUCCAUCAACAAACAUCUAAAAGUCAAAAAUCAAGUUGUCAAAGAUGAGUUAUAGAACACAGCAAACUGUUUUAAGAACGGCGAAGAACGAGGAAACCGUUGAAAGAACAAAUAUACUCUCAUUUUCAAUUCUUUCCUCCAUUUUCACUCCGACUUUUUUUGUGGUUUGGAUAUGAGUUAGUCUGCUACCGGAAUUAGCUUAUGCCGAAUGGUGUCCGCAUACAACAAAAGGAAGUAGAGAUCAUAAUACUACAAAGAAUGGACUGAUCUACAUUUUAAUCCUAUUAGAUUUCAUAGCAAAUGAAACAACAUUAGUGCCUAAUUGUAUCUAAGUCUGUACUUUUUAGAACAAUUUAUAUCUCUGAAAGCUUGAAUCAAUAUAUAUGAGCAUGUUUGGUUUUUCUGUGAAA